AUGGCAGAAUACUACGACGAAGACUUUGGGAUUCACUUCGAUCCGACGGAGAACCAACUCAUCAAGGAUUAUCUUUCUCCCAAGAUAAACCAAGUCAAACAGUUUGACUUUAUACCGGACAUGGACGUUUACGCCACCGAGCCAUGGUUGCUUAAGCAUAACAUGGAUCCUCUUUUCAAGAAGUACGAGUGGUACUACUUCGUGACAAGGACUCAAGUCUCUGAGUCUGAGGAGAACAUCGGUCGUGGUAAGAAGGCGAAGCGGAAGAUCAUCGGAGACAACGGGACGUGGAAGGCAAACGCUAAAGAAAAGAUCCUGGACGAGGAGACAGAGAAAACCAUUGGGAUCAAGCAAACCCUAACUUUCAUUAAAAGCAACAACAACAACAACAAUAACAAGAAGCAGAAGAGAGAAGACGGCACUAGUGCUACUGUUCCCGGCAGCGAGAGCAGCUGGACUAUGACAGAGUAUAUGCUUGUGGAAGAAGAUAAGUUUCAAGGAACAGUCCUGUGCAAGAUUCACGAGAUCAAGAAGUCCAAGGACGAUCAUGAAGCUUCUGCUUCUUCUUAUUAUCAUAGUCGGUGGGCUUCUUCUUCCUCGGGGAAGCAGCCGAUCAAUAAUGAUCGCGAGUCUGUUCUAGCUUCUUCCUUGGAGCAGCAACAGUCACUAGCGUGCAGUGUUAAUGUUCCAGAGAUUCCUCACACAGGAUCUGAGAGUUCUUUAACUUGUGAUGUUGGGGAAACAACAAGAGACAGAGAGCACACUGAAGAAGGAAACAUGAUUAAUCAGAUAGACGCGUUCUCGAUGAACGAGGCAGUUCGAGAAAGAUCAUCAGAGAGCGAUGAAACCAAGGAAUUGACACAGGGUACAGAAGAAGAUUGGCUUGGAGAUUACCCGAUUGAUGUUGUUUACGUCAAUGAUCAACAACAAGCACCAAUACCCGCUCCUUCUGACGUGAAUGCUUCUUCUGCUCCUCUGGGAAACAUAUCUCGACCAAUACAAUUGGAUGAAGAGGAGGAAGAAGAGUGGACCGAAGAGCUUGUUUCACAAUUGACACGAGAAGAAGAAGAUGCCCCCAGUCUGCAAUGGAUGGAUGAAGCUUAG